UGCAAUACUUUGAGGAAGGGAAAAAUAAAUAUUAGAGAAGAAACAAGGCCAACAACCCAAUAUCAUUUUCUUACUGUCGAUGUAUAGCUAUAAAUAGAGGCACAUCCAGGCCCUGCCUUCUUCGUAGUGUCAAUUCCAUAUCUAUAAGCUCUUAAUAUUAAAAGAAGAAACGAUAUAUCUCCAGCAAUGGUAUCUCUGCGGGCUCUCCUGGCCUUGCAAUUCCAUCAUUUCAUCCAUGAGGACUUCCAUGAAGUUGUCUCUAGAAUGACUUUCUUACAUAAACUUCUUUUCCUGAUCAUGCACACCAUUGAUAAGCUAGGGGUAUGGCAUCGGUUACCAGUGUUGUUAGGGAUGACAUAUCUGGCCAUCCGGAGACACCUUCACCAACAAUACAACCUGAUUAAAGUCGGCGGCACACCGAUUGGAAAUCGAUCUAACCUGGUUGAUUACCCUUACAGGACAGCAGAUGGCACAUAUAAUGAUCCUUUCAAUGAUGGUGCAGGUAGUCAGGGUUCCUUCUUUGGCCGCAAUAUUCUCCCCGUUGAUCAGAAAAAUGAGCUACUGAGGCCAGAUCCAAUGGUGGUGGCCACAAAGCUUCUAGCCCGGAGAAAGUACAUUGACACGGGAAAGCAAAUCAACAUGAUCGCAGCUUCUUGGGUUCAGUUCAUGAUACAUGAUUGGGUUGAUCACAUGGAAGAUACCAACCAGGUAGAGCUUACAGCACCAAGGGAAGUAGCUAGCCAAUGCCCACUCAAAGCAUUCAGAUUCUAUAAAACCAAGGAAGUCCCAACUGGUUUCUACGAGAUCAAGACUGGUACACUGAACAUCAGAACACCUUGGUGGGAUGGAAGCUCUAUAUAUGGGAGCAACGCAAAAGCGAUGGGGAAAGUGAGAACCUACAAGGAUGGGAAGCUCAAGAUAUCCAAGGAGGACGGCCUUCUCCUCCAUGAAGAAGAUGGGAUAGCCAUAUCCGGCGAUGUGCGCAACAGCUGGGCAGGUGUGUCCACCUUGCAAGCCCUAUUCGUGAAGGAACACAAUGCAGUGUGUGACGCCCUGAAGAAGGAAUACCAUGACCUUGAAGACGAAGACCUCUACCGCCAUGCAAGACUAGUCACUUCCGCCGUCAUCGCUAAGAUCCACACUAUCGAUUGGACUGUUGAGCUCCUUAAGACCGAUACAAUGCUCGCAUCUAUGCGCACCAAUUGGUAUGGGAUAUUGGGGAAGAAAUUCAAGGAUACAUUUGGGCAUGUAGGAGGAGCCAUAUUGGGAGGUCUGGUGGGUUUAAAGAAGCCCGAGAAUCAUGGAGUUCCAUAUUCUCUGACAGAGGAGUUCCUCAGUGUUUAUAGGAUGCAUUCUCUUCUACCGGACUACCUUCUCCUCCGGAAUCUUUCUGUUUCUCCAGGACCCAACAAAUCACCACCCUUGCUUAAACAGGUUCCAAUGAAGAAUCUGAUCGGUCUAAAGGGAGAGAAAACACUAUAUGAGAUUGGAUUUGAUAGGCAAAUGGUUUCCAUGGGACAUCAAGCAUGCGGUGCUUUGGAGCUAUUUAACUAUCCAAUGUGGCUGAGGGACCUCAUUACCCAAAACCAAGAUGGGACUGAAAGACCUGAUCACAUUGAUUUCCCUGCUCUUGAGAUUUAUAGAGACAGGGAGAGGAAAGUUGCAAGGUACAACGAGCUCCGCAGGGGAAUGAUGUUAAUACCAAUAUCCAAAUGGGAAGAUCUGACGGAUGACGUUGAAGCUAUUCACACACUGCGUGAAGUGUACGGUGAUAAUGUUGAGCAGCUAGAUCUAUUGGUGGGUCUCAUGGCCGAGAAGAAGAUCAAAGGAUUCGCCAUCAGUGAAACAGCAUUCGUUAUUUUCAUCGUCAUGGCUUCCAGGAGGUUGGAAGCAGAUAGGUUUUUCACGAGCUACUUCAAUGAGGAGACGUACACUAAGAAGGGGCUGGAAUGGGUGAACACUACAGAGAGCCUUCGAGAUGUCAUACAUCGCCAUUACCCGGAGAUCACAGACAAGUGGAUGAACUCCACCAGUGCCUUCUCUGUUUGGGACUCACCUCCCAACUCUCAUAAUCUUGUCCCUCUCUAUCUUCGCAUCCCCCAGUGAGCCCUAAGAUGCAACUAAGUUUUUCG